GAAAUAAUUCUAAUCAACUUCCCAUUGAAUCGAAGAUUGAAUGAGAAUGCCAUUCUUUUUAUGGCCAUAAUGAUUGAAAUGAAAAGUUGGAUUUUUUUCGAAAAAAUGUUCGUGUAUUGGUUUGUGGCGUAGGUGCAUGUGCAUGAGUAAAGUGGGGCGGGUACAUGUCAGACUUACGUAGAUGCGGCUCUCAUUCGAACAUAUAAGAAUUCCCAAGGUACGACUGCUCUUAUAUAACUUAUGAACUUGAAGAUCCCUCUUAUAUCUAGUCUAUAUUUAAAUCCCCAAAUUUCAGCACGAAUAUUUGACGUUGCAGUAUUGGCCCAGUUUAUAUUUCAAAGGUUCUUCAACUGAUUUAUAAUAAAAUGCCGCCCGCAAGAGAUCUAUAUGAUCCAAUAAAAGAUGGCGAGAUCAGAGUUCUCGAAAUAAAGCCUGGUGCCUUCGACGAACCUAUUCACUGCACUUUAUCUCCGUGUCUCCUUGAUGAUAACCCUACAUACGAUGCACUUUCCUACACUUGGGGAGAUCCAUCAGCUCGUGCUCCGAUUAACGUCGAUGGUCAUGUAUUUAUGGCGACGACGAAUUUAGAAAGCGCAUUGAGGUAUUUUCGGGAUCCCGAAAUCACUCGCGUUCUAUGGGUCGACGCAGUCUGCAUUAACCAAGAAGAUAUCCCCGAGCGGGGUAUGCAGGUCCAACAAAUGCGUCGUAUCUAUAAGGAGGCAAAAUAUGUGAUGAUAUGGCUCGGUCCACCCGAGCUUGCAGCCAGAGAAAUACGGGAUGAUCAGCAUGCUCAUGCAGAAACUGAGAGUACUGUUUCUAGCACUUCGAACCAUUUUGCUUCCUUGAAGUUACUUGCUGAUUGGUGCCAGAUUGCCCGGCGUGGUGAAACAGAGUGGCCUCAUCUAGACUCGGAGAACAAAGAUAAGUGGCGAGACGCAUUGCAAUGCGAGUUUUGGAAACCUUUGAGAAAUCCUUACUGGUGCAGACUAUGGAUUAUCCAAGAAGUUGCUCUAGCGAAGAACCCUACUGUUCAUUGUGGCUCACACUCAAUCUCAUUUGAUGAUUUGAUUUUUGCCAUUCGGUAUGCUUCGUCUUGUGGAACACGUUAUUCUGUGACAAGUGGCGAAGAACACUGGUUGGACGAAUAUUCAUAUGGUAUCAAAGGACUCGUUCAUUCGAGAGCCAACGUUGCUGAAAACAAGUCACUUCUACUCAGCGAAGUUCUGGAGAUAAUUGGCCCUCACAUCGCAGUCACAGACCCUCGUGAUAGAAUCUAUGGGCUUCUUGGACUUGCAAAUAGCUGCGAUAUCAUACCAGACUACACAUUAUCGAGAACUCAGGUCUAUACCCAAGCUGCGAAGAAUAUACUCAGUAGCGGCAAUUUUAAUUAUCUUGGCGUGUUCAGUGGAGAUGAGAGUACCUCCAGCAAUGACGCACCGUCCUGGGCCACAGAUCUGGAUCUCAUAGCAGAGCAUUCUUUUGGAGUUAGACCACUUACAAUAUACGAUAACGAUAAGUAUUGCUACAAAGCGGCAACGGAUCUAACCUCAAAUUUGAGAUUCCAUGACAAUGAUCGUGUGCUGAGCGCCAGGGGUGUCAUAGUAGGCGAUAUCGAUACAUGCGGUCAAGUCAUGGACGCAAACACGCACUCGCAUUUCGAAAUUUUAGGUCAGUGGGAAGAUACUAUGCUACGGAGGUUUCGAUGCGACCACCUAGUAGCAUCUCAAUCUGAAAAUUCUGGUACAAUUAUGGGUGUGUGGGAUUCCUGGAAAAAGAGGAUUCGCAGCGCCAAUUCAUCAUGGGCACCUAAUUGGGGACCGAUCAGCGAUACAACUUUAGGUGGUUGGAGUGAGGGAACCUUAGACACAGAUGAUUGGGAGACUUCUAUCUUGAAUCUGCGUCAGGCUAGAGGAUCAAUGAAGCACCAAGAAUCUUACGUGGCCGGUGGUACUUUGACGGAAGCGUAUUGUCGGACCUUACUAAUGAAUAAGAUUCUAUCCGAAUCAGAUACCCUUGAAAGGUUUUACGACGAUCACGUCCCCGAAUACAAUGAAGACAUGUGUAAGCCAACACCAACAGAACUCAAGAGAAUGUCUAUGCUUCGUGAAAGCAGAAUGUUUGACAAGAAUCUUGAAGAAGCUAUCAGAGGCCGACGACUCUUUAUCACUUCCAAAGGACAUAUUGGGCUGGGCCACCAACAGGUAGAGAAGGGUGAUGUAUUGUGCGUUCUCUCUGGGUCACCUGUGCCUCAUAUCUUGAGACUACAUGGUGAUUAUUGGACAGUGGUUGGCCAAUGUUACUCGCAUGGUCUUAUGAACGGAGAGAUUGGAAAGGCUUUAGAGUGUGGGGAAGUGACAUCCCAGAUGUUUGAAAUAAGAUAGUUUCAGGCUUACUAAAAAUGCUUUUUUCGUAAAUCAGAUCUAGAACACAUUGUUAGUACACUACUGCACUAAGCGGUAAAUUUAUACGCUUCUCUAUUCUUAGCUCUCUUCUAACUUUCAUCUCUCGGUUGCGAUUCCACCCAGCCUCAUAGCUUUCUUUCAUGAGCGUGGCAGUGAAUCAAAAACCAUGAACUUUUGAUAAGAUUAAUAGGGGUUGCGGAUUAUAUAUGUCACAAGACACAAGACAAGAGAAAUCGAUGAAAAAAUUUUCAUAGACA